AUGGUCGACAGCACGAGUAGACCGUACAGUGGCCCUAUUUUCGAUGUGCAGGCUCAUGCUAUCAAGCCUAGUUCUUACGAUGUAGUAACCUUCGGCAAAUUGGCGGAUGAUCUGUGUGGAAGUGAACGACGCAGGGCCCUUGGUCGAGAGGGCAAACAAGUUGUUACCAUUAAUACAUUCUUUCCGACUUUACCAGCUCAGUCAAUGCUGAAGAUUGUCGAUGAUCUGAACAUGUGGAUGUCUUCGAAGACUGCAGGUAAUCCUCGAUUGAUUGGCACUGCAUCUAUUCCUUCGCCCCCUUUCCUCGCCAAGGCAGGCCUCUCACCAAACGGGCAAUCGUUCGCCAAAGAGGGCACAAACGGAUUACGUUAUGCUAUUACAACAUUAGGAUUGAAGGGAAUCCUCUUCGCUUCCAAUUAUGAUGGAGUAUUCUUGGGAGAUUCUGCAUAUGAUCCAUAUGUUGCCUUGGCUGAAGAGCUAGCAGUUCCUAUUAUUAUUCAUCCCGCAGUCGAUCCUGUCGAUGGAGACUUUAUUCGUCGCAAGAACAUUCCGACCUUCUCUGGAUUCCUGAAUGAUCAGAGAACGACACUUCUCGACUUAGUCAUGGCAGGGACCCUCCAAAAGUAUCCAAAACUCGUUAUCAUUGCUACACAUCUCGGUGGUGGUAUUCUAACAAGUCUCGGACGGUUCAAAACCUUGUCGAACCGAUUCCCAGGCGAUCAGUGGUACACAAAUCUGGAGGGCAACAAACAGAUACUUCCUCAUCCCAUCGACCACUAUCUGAAAAUGAUUCAUUACGACUGUAAUAAUGCAGAAGUGUCUGAUAUCCUCCAUGCCGCUUCGAUUGUUGGGGUGGACCAUUUACUCACAGGCUCAGACUAUCCUUGGACAGAUGAUUCAUUCACUCGACAGAUCCUUGGUCAAUUAGAUGAAUCCAUGCGAAACAAACUUGCCUAUGAUAAUGCUGUGAAGCUUUUUGGGCAUGAUACAAGUACUUUAUUGGUAUGA